AAUCGAAGUAAAUAAUGGAUUUUCCUUAAAAUUCAUUCAAGUAUUCGUGUAUGUAUGGCAUUAGAAGAGAUGGAGAAUAAACCCAUUGUAACAUGUCAUGGAGAGCAGGAGCUGUUUAAGUCGAUUCAUCCUGAGUUAAUACAGAGUCUACCAAGAGAUCCUGUUGAGUGGCGCAGAUCAUAUGGCCGUGCCCCUAAGACCAUAUCAGUGGAUGUGCAAUUUGUGCCGUUUUCAAUAGAUAUCUUGCAGUAUGAGGGCAGUAGACAGUUGUUACAUCAGUCUUUCUUCCAUUUAUACUGGACCGAAUGCCCUGACGUUGAUGCGUACAAGAUUGUUGUCAAAGAAGAAAUUUCAAAGUGGCAACAAACGCUGAAGGAAAAGAACAUCUCUGAUUGGAUGAUAGUUCUGGUGGAAGCAAGCAAUCCUAAGCGAGGGCAGAAGACUAAAUUGCUGCCUCGAACUUCGGUGUUUGACAAAAUAAAAAAUGACUUUUGCAGUAAACAAUCAGAUAGAUGUAUAGUUUUGCAUGAACCUAAUAAUCCAGUACCAUCAGUGAGGUCACAGGAAUCAUGGACGGUGUUCUUGGGUCGUCUUCGUCAGCUCAUACUGACGUCAUACAACCGUAAUUUAGGAAAGUUCGAGGAAAAAAUGCGAGCAGAACGUGAGCGACGAAAUGAGCCUGGCUGGGAUUUCAACCAGUACUUCCUUUUACAGGAAGAGCUUGCAUUUGUGUACGAGAUGCUACGGCAAUAUGAUGAAGCGUUAGUGCAAUAUGAUGAACUUGAUGCACUUUUCUCUCAGUUUGUCAUCAACUCACAAGCUGCUAAAGCACCUGAGUGGCUGAACAACUUCAAUGGUAAUUGCACACGAUGGGAUGGUUUGGAUUUAUCUCGUCCUAUAAAUCAGCAAAUUAGAGAGCUAAUAAAAACGGGUAAACCAACUCUGCUGGACAUUAGAAACUACCUGUUCUCUCGUCAAUGCGUCCUUCUGCUGUUUCUCAAUCGACCACUUGAAGUGGCCAAUAGGACGAUAGCUUUCCUUCAUAACUGUGUUCAAGAGUUGAGGAUACUUGAGAUUACCAUGCCAACAGGAAGCGUUGAUUGCUGGGUGUUGUUGAGCAGCUUAGAGAUUCUGGACAUGUGUGAGAAGAGAGCUUCGGGUAACUACCGCGAGUCCUAUUCAUACUAUAGUGCAAGUUUACGAGCCUAUGCUCAGAGUAAGUUGCAUCAGCUAGGCCUACUUUGUGGUUUAAUGCCAGAUACAGAACCAACUUCGGAGCAGCUUAACAUGGUGGUUGAAUUGCUAUCUGGGAUGGGACACCUUCAGCCGCUCCAGUCUAAAAAGUACAACUCUCAGCAAAAAUUAAGAGAGGCACUAAGUUCUAAAGAAGCUUUCCAGAAAACAUAUUUAGAAUUGUCAGAAAUUGCCAUGGGAACUUUUAAACAUAUUGGGAGGCAACGCUCGGCAAAGAUGAUGGGCAAGCAUCUAGCCUCCUUUUAUAUGAAGAGAGGAGAAGCAGCCAAAGCUGAGGGAUUUCUAUCGGAUGCUUUAAAGGUUUACGUGAAGGAGGGCUGGAAGAGUAUAGCGAUUGAUACACGUAAAGAACUAGCAAAAUGCCAAAAGACAAUGGGAAAUACAAACAAAUAUGUUAAAUCAUGCGCUGUACUUGCCAGUGAGAUGGGGAUAUCUAAAGCUGAUAAAGAAUAUUUCUUUAAUGAAAUGAUGGAGGCUGCCGAGAAGCUAAACGAUGCUGAGGAUGCAGAUUGUACAAUUGGAAAUGCUAAAUUGGUUAACAUAGUUAAGGCACAGGAUGAUAUGGUAGAAGAAAGUAACAAAAUGUCAUUGGAAGAGGUUUUUACCAUUGAAUCAAUGAAUAUCACUCCCUCUGAUGGUAAAUUAACACACGGACAGGAGGCAAAAGUGACCAUCUGCAUCAGAAGUAGAUUUCCUGAACCAGUCACGGUCGACCAAAUGGUAUUCUCCUUAAGCUCCGACCCAAUCGACAAGUCACCCAUGCCAACUUCUCAGAAGUUAUUCCCAGGGAAGGUGUCCUCCCUGAAGCAAGAAGCUUUUGCAUUUGAGGAGGAGGUUCGUGUCUGUGAUGGUAAGGAGGAGGUGGAGGCCAGUAGCUUCUUGUGUGUAAAUGCACAGAAGGCCUUGCAACGUGAGGAUAGCUCAUCUUCACUGAUACUCAAGGAAUUGGAUCUGCAGUAUAAAGACUACAAAAUCAAAGUAGAUCACGAGAGUACAGUUCUGGAACCAGGAAACAACACUUUAAAUUUCACAUUUGAGGCUAGGGAGAAUGGUAAGAUAGAAGGGCAACAGCUGUGGUUAAAAAUCAAAGGUCUAGAGUUAAUACUUCCAAGGUUGACCUUUGACACAAGAUUCAUAGUGAACACCCAGGAGCCAAUGGUUGUCAUAUCAGCAAAUAAUAAUCACUCCCUACUGGCUGGAGUUCCCCAAGAUCUGAAGCUCUUCAUAUCAACAGGAUAUUACAGCAUCAAAUCAUGUGAUGCAAUUUCCAUCCAGACCAUUGGUCAGCUUGAGAUUCUAAAGUUGGAGGAAUCAGCAUACAACAUUAUGCCAUGCAGCAAAGGUGCUGAUGUCAACCUGCCAGAAACGGCUGCAUAUAGUGAAGUUGAGCUGGCUAUGAUCGUGCGGGCACCUCUAGCAACAGUAGGAGCAGGGAACAUGAAUAAUGAUGAAACAUGCCAAUUGGAACAAAAGAUGACAUUAUGGUGUCCUUGGGCUGAGACCGUAGUCUCCACCCUGAGUUUCCAGCAACCAUUCAGGAUAAGCCAUCACCUUAGGACUGCUGGCAAAAGAAAAUUCAUUCAAGUUUCUGUGGAAAAUUUGUGCUGUGCUAAGUUCCGGUUGACUGAUCCGGAAAUGAAGUCACUCGGCCAGACAUCAGUCAAGUUGCAGAAUUUGCAUCCACUAACGGAAAAGGUGUUGCUGCCAACAUGUACCAUGUCCUACAUGUGGCGCUUUGCUGUUAGUGACAACUUGCCUAGGGCUUUGGAAUGCCAGUUUUCUAUUCAAUAUGAGCUUAUACAUCCAGCACCACCCAGGGAGAUGGCGCUACUACACACAUAUAGUUUCACUUUAGAGGACUUCACAACACAGUACAUUGUCAGCUCUUCCGUGUCACCAAGCAGCAACGAUGCAAUGUGCCGGGCCGGGAAACUCUGCAAUCUACAACUUCAUGUUCAAGUGACUGGGGAGCAUCUGGAAACGAAUACACCACUCAUGUAUGAAGUGGUGACAGAUUCCAAUACGUGGGCUGUGUGUGGGAAAAAUAACGGACUACUGAACAUAGAGGAGAAUUUGACUGAGGUGUCGUUGCAGGUGAUACCACUGACCGCAGGCUACUUGCCACUGCCAGCUAUCAAGCUUAGCAGGUAUAUGCAGCAGGAUAGAAAUCAAGAUGCUCCUCCAACUAAGCUCACAAUGACCAACGUUGAUAAUGACACAUCAAUAGAAGAUGACAAAUUUGACACACCUGAUUGCUGCAAUCAAAGCUUGCCAUCGCUCCAGGCCUUCUCGCUUGGCCAGGUGUAUCUCAAGAGCCAUGCCAUGCAGGUGCAUGUGUUACCCGAGAACAAUGAAAGCACAGUCAAUAUAGUACAGCCAUAGCAAUGUGCGUAUUUACACUAAAUGUUCAUCUGUUGCUGAAGGGAUUGUACUGUUGUUUACUGGAUUUGAUACAUACUGUGUAAUCUGAAGGUCUUGGGUUUGACCCUACACAAUACACUCCAUUACAUCCACUGUCGCAAAUGAUUACCUAUAUAGUAUCCAAGCCUGGUAUAGAAACUUAGGUAAAUUUAAAGUACAGUACUCCAUUCCCUUUACCCUAUAUAGAGACUUUGUUAAAUUGAGUAUCCUGGGUCCCAAAUGAAUAGCAGUGCACUACCUCAAAACCUAAAGAAAAAUUGGAUAUAAGCGUGCUAGCUUAGCUUAACCAUAGGUCCACUGUGUGUGAGCACCUCCUGUCAAUUGUGUAAGAGAAAGUGCCUGGGUGUUAGAUCUGUGCAUAUUCCCUAUAAGUCUCUGUGGUUUAAUAGCGCAAGGUUGCAGGUUUGAAUCAUGAACACUUUAUAUACAUAUUUUAUUUGCUAUGAUAUUAAUCUUAAAGAUUUAAUACAGUUUUAAUUAUUUAUUUAAAUUAUGCAUGUAUUGUAAAAGCAUGUUAUUUUUCCUGUAAGAAUAUAUUCAAUAAAGUAUAUAAUGUGAUUA